UUUCUCCCUCCACCUCUGCCGAUAGCGGAAGCGAGGGGACCCCGUCGCCUCCUCUCUCGCUGCGUGAACCUGGGCCCGUGUGCUUAUCUCGCGUGUGGAGGCUGCCCCAAGGGGUUUGUCCGCUUGAGCAGCUGCGGCGAACGAGCGGCCGAUUUCGUCUCUCGCCACCCGCAACUCCGUUCGAGGCGGUCACCAUGGCGCAGCUCGGCGCGAGCGGCGGUGCUAGCGGGGAGGCGCGCGUGGCUCCGGCCGCGGCGCGCCAGUGGUGCGGUGGCGGCGACGGUGGCGGCGAGGCGCAAGUUUACCGCGUGCCGAUCGUGCAGCCCGACCUGCGACGGGAGGAGACGGUGCAGCACAUCGCCGAUGCGCUCGAGGCCCUGUCGCGCAUCUCCAUCGACAUCUUCUCACGGCUCUCGCAGAGGAUCGAAGAGAACAGGAGCCGGCUGCAGGGUCUGGACACACGCCUCUGUCUGGCCCAGGCCAAGAUUGACCACAUGAAGGGCAGCAAAAAGGCCAUCAAGGUUUUUUCCAGCGCCAAGUACCCGGCGACAGAGGGGCUCGACGACUACGUGUCGGUGUUCACCGGCGCGGGAGACGGCGGCGAGGUGCGGCGCCCGCGCUACAAGCUGCAGAGCAAGCACCGCGUGCUGGAUGAGCGAGCCGUCAAGGAGAAGCUGCAGAUGUACCACGUGGGUGUGAGCCGCAGGCGACGGCAAGGCGACGAAGAGGCCGAGGAGGGGCUGGGAGGUCUCCCGCGCAACAUCAACUCCAUCAGCUCCCUGCUUCUAUUCAGCACUGCUGAGAACCCGUACAAGAAGUACGUGAUGCUGGACCCGCUGUCGGGCGCCGUCACCAAGACACGCACGGCUCUGCAGGACGAGGUGUACAAUGGACCCGGGGAGGCGCCCAUCUCCAUCGCACAGCGCGAGCAGAUGGAGCGCAUGACCUUGGAGAGCUACUUCUACGUGCCGGACCUGGGCCAGGUUCCCGAGAUCGAUGUCCCGUCGUACCUGCCCGACCUUCCCGGCGUGGCGGACGACCUCGCCUACACGCUGGACAUGGGCCCCAGCAUCGCGCCCUCCGCCAUCUCGGCGGCCAGUCUCCCUGAACUGCCCAACUUUGAGCCGGGGCCCGGCGAUGGCCUGCUGCUGCCGGUUCCCUCCGGGGCUGCACCCCCUCCGCCUCCGCCGCCUCCUCCACCUCCUCCUCCCCCGGGGCCUCCGUCCGGGAUGCUCCCACCGGGCCCCUCGCCCGGAAUGGCCGGCGGCGGUCUGCCGGGCCCACCGCCUCCGCCGCCCCCACCGCCGCCUCCACCGCCGCUCUCCGGCCCGGCUUCCGGCACAGACGUCCCUCAGCCGGCGCUCGGGGUUUUGCAGGGCGCCCCGAGCGAGAUAGCGCAGCCCUCGGGGAACCGGGCCAACCUGCUGGAGUCGAUCCGCCAGGCCGGUGGCAAGACGUCCCUGCGCAAGGUGAAGGAGCGCAAGUUCGAGAAGAAGAAGCAGAAAGAACAGUCAGCGUCUGGCGUGGCGGCGGGAGGUGACCUGAUGUCCGACCUCUUUAACAAGCUCCAAUUGCGUCGUAAAGGCAUCUCGGGCUCCAAGGCGAGUGGCGGGGAUGCCUCGACGGCCGCGGGGUCGUCGUCGUCGUCGUCCGGGGCAUUUGCCCGCAUGGCCGACGCCAUCCCGCCCCCUCCGGCCGUCGCGGGGGGGAGCGGCAGUCCCGGAGGCGGCGGUGGCGGCGAGGAGGACUGGGCUGACUGAGACUGCACCCCCCUGCACCACCCACACCCCCCCCCCCCCACACCGGGAUCUUACCGGGUGAUGGGCGGCACGCCGGAUAAUCCCGCCACCUUCGCACCCCCCCACGUUGCCGCGGCGUAUCCAAUCGAACGGGAGGAGGAGGGGG